GCGAGUGUUGCCAUUUUGCGUCGUGCUUUACUGAAAAUCAGUCUUAAAAUAAUCAUAUACCUACCGAAAUGUUUGUGAUAAUAAGUCUUCUGUUGGUUUCAAGUAAUUUGGUGUAUCAGGCUAAGGGUUUUGGUUUCGAUCUAGAGGAUGAUUUUUGUUCAUCGUGUUGCGAAGAUGAAGUAUGGGGAUUUAUGGUGGGUUUUUUGUGCGACAUACUUUGCGAUGAUGAUGAUGAUACGGAACAAGAAAAUACGACUUCACCCUCUUCUUCUACAACGCCUACUGUUCCUGAGGAUACUACACCCGCUCCUACUACCACUGCGUCGCCUGGAAUGUCUAGUUCAGAUGCAACAGAGGGAUCAACAACUAACGGAGAGGAAUCAACAAGUGCAGGAAGCGAAUCAACAACUUCAGAUGGAGAUUCAACAACAACUACAACAACUAGCCCUGCUAUGUGAUAAAAAUUAUUUCUUAUUGUCUAUAUACGAUCCUUCCAAUAGAAUAAUCAAAUUGUUUCUUCAGAAACUAUGAAAUUUAAUGAUUGCAACAUUACUUAAAAAUAGCAUCUAAAACUCUGCCGCGUUGUUUUAAUUGUUUAUUAAUCUCCGUAAUUAUUGUUCGUGAAAGUGUGAUUUUAGAAUUGCUGUUUUAUAUGCAAUGUUUUGCUAUACCUGCAGGUUUUUGUUGUUGAAUAAUGGAGCUUUAUGUUC